CUAUCGAGUUGGAAAUGGCCUCAAGUGAGGGCAACACUCAGACAUACAAGAUGACCUCUUUGGACAGCGACAUCAACCAACACUUUCAGGAUGCAAUUGAUGUGAUUCAACAGCAUUCAAAUAAUUCAUAUUAUGAUUCAGAGUACACAUACUACGAGACUCUGGGUACGCAGCAGCCAUCGCUACAGUGUCAGAUCUCCUGCUGCCUCGUCACACACCAGUCUGAUGUACCAGCAUCGGGAUACGACUGGAAUGACAUGGCACAGCAGUCUUGGCCUCAGGCCAUCCCUGAUGUCUCUUUUGGUCGUUCUGUGCAAAAUGAGUCGUCUCAUUUCUACCCGAUUUUACCGCCACCGAGGAACAGCAAAGGUCGUAAGAAGCUCAGACUUUAUGAAUACCUCCACGAGGCUCUGAAUGACCCCAACAUGGGCGACUCAAUCCAGUGGACAGACAGCGGCAGCGGCACCUUCCACUUCAUCUCCAAGAACAAAGAGAAGCUAGCCGAGUGCUGGGGCCAACGCAAGGGCAACCGCAAGACCAUGACCUAUCAGAAGAUGGCGAGAGCUCUGAGAAACUACAGCCGCACCGGUGAGAUCAUCAAAGUGCGCCGCAAACUCACCUACCAGUUCAACCCAGACAUCCUGCACAGGCUCGGCUCCGGGCAGGUGUCCGUGCACCUGCCCUACCGCCCUGCGCAGGAGGAGGCGCACACCCGGCAGCCAAGCCCAGCUGAGCAGAGCUACUGCGGCUCUGCAGCGACGGACUGGAACAGCUGGUACGAACACUACCAGCUGCACGAAGACUACAAUCUGGCCUCCAGCUUCACAUCACACAGCACAAACAAACUGUGAGCGGGAGGAUGGUUUGAUCACAGAGGGGGGAAAUUCCCUUAUUGAGAGCAGACUUUUUGCUCUCAAACUUCCUGAGUCCACAUUCAGUCCCUACAUGUCAUCACAAGUUACAGUGGGACUAAUAAUGUCACAAAACAGUAACAUCUUUCAGUUUACAGAUGUUUAAAUGCUCUUUAUUUUAGCAUCAUGUGAGAGGAGUGAUACAGGGAAUUAAUUUUGUAAAUACUCAAAAUACGAGUGCGUCUCUUCUUUUAGAAAAUUACCUACCAUUUGUUUUUUAAAAUUGCCUGAAUCUAACUAAUAAAUGAGGAUUAUGAGGAUUUAAAUAGACAUAUUAAGUGAACAAUGUACCUAUUAUAUUGCAGCUAAUGCCGGCACAUUUAACUUAUAUUGUGGACUUAAGAGGUUGAUCUCACCAGUCAACACGAGAGUCUAAUUUUCAGAGCUUUUCAAAGACUAGGUCCAUAUGCAGACAGUGAAUGUUAUUACAUGUGAAAUUUGACUAUCUGGGCCACACAAAGUGACAGUUUUUGCAGAAUCAUAUCCUGCCAGUCAAACAUAACACUGCAAAUUAAAUGUAAAUACUUUAAAACUGAACAAAAAAAAAUCUCUUAAAUAGAAAACCCUUAGAUUUAUAUGAUAACACUCUGGCUGUAACUAACAAAUCGAUCUUUUACACACCUUUAAUUAACUAAUACAGUUAUAUUUAGCAUAAAGCUAAUGCUAGCAUCAAUGCUAACACAUAUUGUGGACUUAACGGGUGAACGUUUCUAGUCAGCACACCUGCAUCUAUUUAAGCACUAAUUAAGAGUCUAAUUAACAGGAGCUUCUUGGAGACUGGGUCCAUAUUCAGUCGAUGAAUGUUAUUACAUGUCAUAAUUUAAUGAUUUGGGACACAAAAGUGACCCCCAUUCAAAUGUAUCACUGUAAAUUAAUUGUAAAUACUUUUAAACUACAAAACAUGCACAAGAAAAUUCUCUAAUUUCAUUACGCAAAGUGGUUUCUUACCAAACCCUUUGAUUUAAAUGAUAAUUCUCUACACAGGUACAUUUGAUAUGCAGCUGUAUGCACCAGUAAAUUGUAGACUUAACAAGACUUUUUCCAGUCAGCACUACUAGCUCUAGAAAGGGACAUUUGAGGGGCCACCGUAGUUCUCCUACACGCUUGGCACAUGGCAGAAGGUGCAGUUGGUUGCAAUCUGUAAACCUCACUGUUAGAAGCCACUAAAUGCUACAGCCAUGAGCCAUUUAACAGGUAAGAUUUCAGUCUUUAGAAUUAAAUGUUAUCAUAUAAAAAACUAUAAAAAAAAAUCUGUAUCUUUACGUAUUACACUAUGAAAUAGUAUCUAGAAACAUAAGUACAAUAAAUCUGUUUACAAUUUGUGUCAGUUUUGAACAAUUAAGAUGAUUUGCAAUCAAAGUAAAUAAUCAUGGAUGUAUAUUUUUCUAAUUUGAACACACGACUUUGACUAUGGUGUGUACAAGACCAUGGAGGAUUAGAGUUUAUAACAAUAAUUUAUAUUUUAAAGUUUAAGUCUAAGGCUCCUGUUGUUUCAACAAGCAACCAGUAAUAAGCAUUAGAUGUGGUGAUGUGUGUCUUGAUAAUUUUCUUGAUCAAACAUUUUGUAUACUUAUUAUAUUUAUUGUGUAUUAAUAAAUGUAUGUAUUAAUACAUAUCUGUUGUUAAUAUCAUAAAUCAUUUUGUACUGAAGUUUAAUUUUUAUUUUGAAUUGUUUUAAGACACCCAAUAAAUCAA